AUGGCAACGCAAACCGAGCUGAGCUCAACUGAGCUGAGCUACCAGCCCCCUUCAUGCUUCGCCAACAUAGCCAACUACCAGAAUCAGAACCUGUUGGGCAGCCAUCACCAUCUGCUCCACAUCGCCGAACCGCAACUGCAACUGCUGCCCGCAGUGACGACGACGCCGACGCCGACAACGCUGACGACAGCAACACCCAUAAUACCCAACACCAACACCAAUACCAAUACCAACACACAAAACCAGCAGCCAGUGUUUGAAAAAGCCAUCACCAUUUCGUCGAUUGCGAUUAAACGCAGGCCGACGCUGCCGCAAACGCCAGCGAGUGCCCCACAGGUGUUGUCGCCGUCGCCCAAGCGCCAGUGCGCCGCCGCCGUAUCUGUGCUGCCCGUGCCCGCAUCAGCAGUCAACGCACCCGGUGCCCAUCUGCAGUACGCUAGCUCGCCGGCAGCAGCAGCAGCCGCCGCAGCCGCAGCAGCAGCAGCAGCUGCGCUGAAGGGCCAUCAACUGAGCUUCGCACAUCCCACACAGUUUGCGGCCGCCGUUGCCGCGCACCACCAGCAACAGCAGCAGCAGCAGCAACAGCAACAGCAGGUCGCCUACGCAGUCGCUGCCUCACAGCAACAGGCAAACCAUACACACCAGCAACAGCAGCAGCAGCGUUUGGCGCAGUACAAUCAGGCGGCCGCCGCCGCAGCUCUGCUCAAUCAGCAUCUACAGCACUCAGCCGUUGCAGCUGCCGCUGCGCAUCAGCAACAGCAGCAGCACGUGGCUGCGCUGCAACAACAGCAGCAGCAGCAGCAGCAGACACCUUCCCAUUACAGCGGCUAUCAGCUGCGUCACGCCCACGCACAGUACGCGCCACAGCAUCAGCAUUUGGUGCUGAGCAGCAGCAAUAGCAUCAACAAUAAGCAGCAGCAACAGAGCGGCAGCAAUAGCAGCACAUCAGCAGCAACUGUUGCCAGCAACACCCAAGCAGGAACAACCACUGCACUAAGCGUUGCCACAGCAGCAACAGCCGCAGCAGGCAACAACAUUACAAACAGCAAUUCCCCGGGCAGCUCCGCGCACGAGUCACAGUCGCACGAGUCAACGUCCAUUUCAGCGCCGACAACUCCCUCGCCGGCGGGCAGCGCUAGCGCCGCGGCAACAGCAGCAACAGUCGCCAGCGACAGCAACAACAACAACACGAACACAACAGCAGCAGCAGCAGCAGCAACAACAACAGCAAUAACCGGCAACAACAGCAGAGACGCCAGCAUAAUGGAAAAUCAGAUGGCGCUCGCCCCGCUGGGACUAUCACAGAGCAUGGACUCCGUGAACACGGCCAGCAAUGAGGAAGAGGUGCGCACACUGUUCGUCAGUGGUUUGCCCAUGGAUGCCAAGCCACGUGAGCUCUAUUUGCUGUUCAGAGCAUAUGAGGGCUAUGAAGGAUCUCUACUAAAAGUAACUAGCAAAAAUGGCAAAACAGCAUCGCCCGUUGGAUUCGUAACAUUCCAUACAAGAGCCGGUGCCGAGGCAGCCAAACAAGAUCUGCAGCAGGGUGUACGCUUCGAUCCCGAUAUGCCCCAAACAAUUCGCUUGGAAUUCGCCAAGAGUAACACGAAAGUGAGCAAACCCAAACCACAGCCCAAUACAGCGACAACAGCCUCACAUCCUGCAUUGAUGCACCCACUCACUGGACAUCUGGGCGGGCCGUUCUUUCCGGGCGGACCCGAGCUAUGGCAUCAUCCGUUAGCGUAUUCGGCCGCCGCCGCUGAUCUGCCCGGUGCCGCUGCACUGCAGCAUGCAACACUCGUGCAUCCGGCACUGCAUCCGCAGGUGCCCGUCCGCUCCUAUCUCUGACUAAAUACAGACAAAGUAAUGGAGCAGCCUAUGCAUCAAACUCAAAUGGCAAUGCCACAUCAUCAGACAACUGCUACCGCUUUACAUCCCAGCCAGCAGGCGGCCAUGGCGCACAUGGUCGCUGCUGCCGCUGCCGGCGGUGGUGGUGGUGCAGCUGCUGCUGCUGCAGCGCCGCAAGGCGCUGCGGGUAAUGCCGCAGCUGCAGCUGCUGCUGCCGCCGCUGCUGCGGCCGCAUCUCAUCAUCAUUAUUUAUCCAGCCCCGCGCUGGCUAGCCCCGCCGGCUCCACGAACACCGCCGCACACCCGGCCAAUCCACAGAUAGCCGCGAAUGCGCCCUGCUCCACGCUGUUUGUGGCCAAUCUGGGCCAGUUUGUGUCCGAGCACGAGCUCAAGGAGGUUUUCUCUAGUAUGCCUGGCUUUUGUCGCCUACGAAUGCACACAAAAGCUACAAACUGCAAUACCAGCACCAGCAGCAGCAACAACAACAACAACAACAACUCUGGCCAGCAACAACAACAACAUCCGGUAGCCUUUAUUGAGUUCAACGAUGCAACGAGCGCUGCUCAGGCCAUGCAGCAGCUGCAGGGCAAGUAUUUGCUCAGCUCGGACCGUGGCUCCAUACGCAUCGAGUAUGCCAAGACCAAGAUGCUCAACGAGAUAUCGCUCAUAAAUAGCAGCAAGACAGCAACGGCAGCAGCAGCCGCCGCAGCAGCAGCAGCAGCAGCCGCAGCAACAGCACAUCAGCAACUUUUUAUAUUGAAUGGCGGCUUAAAGCUGCCACCGCCACCGCCGCAUUUGGGGCAUGUUAACAACACCAAUAUGCUCGUCACUGCACCAACAAACAGCACCACAGCACCAGCAGCACUACCAAAUGCACCAACAGCACAACAGCAGCAACAGCAGCAGCAGCAGCAACAGCAGCAACAACUACAACAGCACCACCAGCAGCAGCAGCAGCAACAGCAGCAACAAUUUCAACUACAGCAACAGCAACAGCAACAGCAAAUGCAGCAACAACAGGCGACCGCAGGUUGCACCAACACCAGCACCAAUAGCGUUGUUGUUAACUCACUCCAGCACCACCAACUUCAUCCAAAUCAGCACCACCAAAAUCAUCUCUUUAGAGACCUCGGCUCGUUUACUUUGCAUGACAGCAGCAGCAACAGCAGCAACAACAGCAACAACAACAGCAGCAGCAACAGCACCACAGCAACAGCAGCAAAAAUUGCUACCAGAGGAGCGGGUAUGGAAUCAAGGCAUGACUUGCUCGCUAAAAAACUAGAGCGUGAAAUGCAGCAGCAACAACAACAACAACAGCAGCAGCAGCAACAACAACAACAGCAACAGCAGCAGCAGCAGGCACACCACCAGCCGCAGACGCAUCAUCAGCAUUUCCAUCAGAGCCACCAGCCGCCGCAUCAUCAUCAUCAUCAUCAUCUUCAGCACCACCAUCAUCAGCAGCAGCAGUUCUUGAUGACGCCAACAGCGACCUGACCCGGCAGCGCUAAUGCACCACUAACGCCGCUGACCCACUACCAUCAUCAGCAGCAACACCACCAUCUGCAGCAGCAGCAGCAGCUACAGCAGCAGCUACAGCAACAACAACAGCAACAACAACAACACCACCACAUCUACUCUUAUGUGCUGCCAGCGGCUACACAUAUUGCAGCCUGAGUGGUGCCGUGGUGCAGUGGUGCAGUGGCACGGGGCGACAGGCGUACACUUUGAGUUUGAGCGGAUCCCCCCUCCGCACAGCAUAGAGGAGUGAAGCUCCGCAUGUAACGGAUUCAUGCAAAGGAGGCAAAACUUUAGUUGUAGUAUAUAAAAAAAAAACUUUAAAAAAUGCAAAAAAAAAAAAAAUUAUAAUAUAUAUAUAUAUACAUAUAUAUAUAUAUAUAUAUUAAUUUAUAUGGCAAGCCUAACCCAGUUUAGUGAAAUUUUUGACCGGCCGAUGAAAUGUUGAGCGAAAAUUGUAGGUACCAAAAAACAAAAACAAAAAAUGACAAAACAAAGCUUAACGAGAAAAACAAAAACCAGCAAAGGGAAAUCUUGUAGUAAAAUAUACAUCAAAAAAUAGAUCAGAUUAGAUUGAGAGAACUAAAUCUAGACAGUUGAUAUGCCCCAAUAGAUAUAUUCAUAUGUGUAUUAAUAUAUAUAUUUACAUAUAUAUGUCUAUAAGAGCUGCAAAAGAUUUUUGAAACAUUUUUAACUAUGGUUGUUCCGAUAAUUUCCAUUUAGCCUUUGUUUUCGAACUAAGAUCGAGCCUUUAUUCAUUUUUGUUCAGCUUCAUUAACCCUUUCAUUUCGACCAUAUUCAUGAAAUGGAAUUGAGACAUUGCAAGAAUUUGAUCUGUUAUUUUUCUAAACAACCUUUAUCCAUUCAUUUAAGACAUUUUUAAAGCAGAAUAACAAAGUUAAGGGAAUAACAUAAAGAAGAGAAAACAAAAAUACAUAUAAAAUUGAACAUUAAUAAUAAAAAAGAAAACAUAAGUAUAGCUUAACCGAAUGUGCCCUUUAAAUAGCUCUCUUUCUAGAAUUAUUAAAAGACAAACAAAAAGUUAAAGAAUUACGAAAAAAAAAACCAAAAACAAAAACAUCUGUAUAUGUGUGUAUAUGCAUUAAAGUAAUAUCUUGUAUCUAGUAAUACAAUUUUGAAAUGUUAUUUAAAGAUAAUGAAAGCUAAUGAAAACAAAAACAAAAAACAAAAACAAAAAACCCACACAUAAAAUAUUUAACAACGAGAACUAGUCGAUGUCAUCAAAAGUAAAAUCUAUAUUGAGAAAAACUGAACGCUGGUUUCGAAAUUUAUUUGUUAUAAAAACGUACAUUUAAAUUGUGAAUUCGACACGGCAUUAAGCUUGAAAUGCGCUGUUAAGACUCUCGUAAUACAUACAAACAUACAUACAUGCAUAUAUAAAUAUAUAUAUAUUUUAACUAACUAACCAGUUAGGGGAACCAGGAACUGUAGCUGGAACUGGCAUUACAGCUGGUAUAAUUAGAUUCAGACACUCUCGACACACUUUCCGCCCAAAAAAAAUAACACAAGCAAAAAAUGAAGAAACUGAAAUUUCUGCAAAAGCUCUCUCUUAACCGCAUAAAGACUAGAAAAUUGAUAAGCUUGUAUUGUUGAUAAUCCAACAAACAAAAACAUUCCUAACUCGAUUUCAGAAAAAUGCUAGAACAAUCAACACACACAUUUCUUGCUAAAAAAAAACCAAAACAAAAACCAACGAACCAGAGACAGCGGGGUAACUACAGGCAGAAACAAAGGCAACAACAACCCAACAACCAACACAAACAACUUUUGAUUACGGGAACGACAAGCGGUCGUACUUUUCGAUUGCAAAAUCAGUAACAUAUCAUCUUACGUAGCAGCAGUAGCAGCAAUUAUGGAACUACUUACAUCUAUUGUAACUAAAUGAAGCAACUACAAGUACACUUAUGCUAAAGCAAUGUUAUAGUUAAAAGCUAAAACAACUAUUAGGCAACCAUCAAGAACACCAACAACAACAACAACAACAACAACAAAACAAACAACCAAACGAAAAGGCAAGACAUAGGCUUUUAAGUAGCUAAUUACAAAAACGGCAAACUCUACAAUUUGAAAGAAAGAAAAGAAACAAGACAUUCAUCAUCUGAAUUGGCAGCCGUUGCAGUUUAUCAGCAUUGUUUAAAUUAUAGGCAUACACGUUUAUUAUUUAAAAUUUACACUUUAAAUUAAAUUUUAUAUUUACCAAAGUUGUCCUUACUAAAUAACAUAAACCCGAAUUACGUUAACCAUUCCCCACAUUUGUUAAACAAACCAACAGCAAAAUAAUAUAAUAAUUAUAAAUAAAUAACAAUAUAACUCUAUUUAAUUUACUUAGUUAAGCUUAAAACAACUAGACAUACCAAAGGCAUAUUUGAAACAUUUGUUAAAGCAAAAAAAAAAAAGAUAACAAAAAAAUAUACGAAAAAUAUGUUGUAGCAAUUAUUGGUAAUGGAUUUCCAGC